GUUUGUCCUGGUGGUGCAGGUGAGCCCGGUCACCCGUCAGCACCAUGGCCCCCUUCCUGAGGAUCGCCUUCAACUCCUACGACCUGGGAGCCCUGUCAGCAGGGGCCGACAGCCCCUUCUGCGCCAUCAAGAUGAAGGAGGCUCUGACCACGGAGCGGGGGAAGACCUUGGUCCAGAGGAAGCCCACCAUGUACCCGGCCUGGAAGGCCAGCUUCGACGCCCACAUCUACGAGGGCCGCGUGCUGCAGGUGAUGCUGAUGCAGACGGCGGAGGCGGCGCUGGCCGAGGUCACUGUGGGCGUGUCCGUGCUCGCAGAGCGCUGCAAGAAGGCCAACGGCCGCGCAGAGUUCUGGGUUGAUCUACAGCCCUCAGGUAAAGUCAUGAUGGCAGUGCAGUAUUUCCUAGAGGGAGCGGAUUCUGAGAGCCGGCCGAGCGCGAAGGAGGAGGAGGCCCCCACCAUCAACCGCCGACGAGGUGCCAUCAAGCAGGCUAAGAUCCACUUCAUCAAGAACCACGAGUUCUCCGCUACCUUCUUCCGCCAGCCCACCUUCUGCUCCGUCUGCAGGGAGUUCGUCUGGGGACUCAACAAGCAAGGCUACAAAUGCAGACAAUGCAACGCGGCCAUCCACAAGAAGUGCAUCGACAAGAUCAUCGGGAGAUGUACGGGCACGGCGACCAACAGCAGGGAGACCAUGUUCCAGAAGGAGCGCUUCAAGAUCGACAUGCCCCACCGCUUCAGGAUGCACAACUACAUGAGCCCCACCUUCUGCGACCACUGCGGCAGCCUGCUGUGGGGGCUGGUGAAGCAGGGCCUCAAGUGUGAAGAAUGUUGCAUGAACGUUCAUCACAAAUGUCAGGAUAAAGUGGCCAACCUCUGUGGAAUCAACCAGAAACUAUUAGCCGAAGCACUUGACCAAGUCAGCCAGAAGUCGACCCGGCGCUCGGACCCGAACAGCCCUGAUAAUCUGGACGACAUCGGAGUUUAUGAGGAGGUGAACAAGAACGCCAACCUGGAUGUCAGCGACGGGGGACAGUACGGUAAACUGUGGGAGGGGUCCGGCCCGCGGCCUGUGUCCCGGGUGGACCACCUCAGCCGCGUCAAGGUGGACAACUUCAUCUUCCACAAGGUCCUGGGCAAGGGCAGCUUUGGGAAGGUCCUCCUCGCCGAGCUCAAGGGGCAGGGGGAGUACUUUGCGGUCAAGGCUCUGAAGAAGGACGUGGUUCUGAUGGACGACGACGUGGAGUGCACCAUGGUAGAGAAGAGGGUGCUGGCCCUGGCGUGGGACAACCCCUUCCUCACCCACCUCUUCUCCACCUUCCAGACCAAGGAGCAUCUGUUCUUUGUGAUGGAGUACCUGAACGGAGGCGACCUGAUGUUCCACAUCCAGGAGAAGGGCCGCUUCGACCUGUACCGGUCCAUGUUCUACUCGGCUGAGAUCAUCUGUGGCCUUCAGUUCCUGCAUUCCAAGGGAGUCAUCUACAGAGAUCUGAAGUUAGACAACGUGAUGUUGGACCAGGACGGACACAUCAAGAUCGCAGACUUUGGCAUGUGCAAGGAGAACGUGUUUGGAGAGAACCGGGCCACCACCUUCUGCGGCACCCCGGACUACAUCGCUCCAGAGAUCCUGCUGGGACAGAAGUACUCCUUCUCCGUCGACUGGUGGUCCUUUGGGGUCCUGCUGUACGAGAUGCUGAUUGGCCAGUCUCCGUUCCAUGGCGAUGACGAGGAUGAGCUGUUUGAGUCCAUCCGCAUGGACACGCCCCAUUACCCCCGCUGGAUCACCAAGGAGGCCAAGGACCUCAUGGAGAAGCUCUUUGAGAGAGACCCCACUCGCAGGCUCGGCAUUGUGGGUAACAUUUGUUCACACCCCUUCUUCAAAACCAUCAACUGGACGGCUUUGGAAAGAAGGGAGAUAGACCCCCCCUUCAAGCCCAAAGUGAAAUCUGCCAACGACUGCAGCAACUUUGACCGGGAAUUCCUGAGCGAGAAGCCGCGGCUGUCCUUCAGCGACAAGAACUUCAUCGACUCCAUGGACCAGACGGCCUUCGACGGCUUCUCCUUCAUCAACCCCCACCUCGAGCACCUUCUGGAAAAAUAGUUCCUGUGGAGCAGGAAGCGAGCGGUACAGGAAGUGAGCGGUACAGGGAGCUGCUGUAAAUAAUCACGGCUAGGUUUGUCAAAUCAGGCAAGGAGAUUGAUAAAGUGUACUAGUAUUUAUGGUCCAAAAGGAGUCGGACCUCACUGGGUACUUCGUUCUAAUUAUUAUAAUAAGAGUAACAUUUGCCAGAGUCGGCCCUUGUACAUAUAGGUGUUAUAUUUCUAUGCAUGCUAAAUGGUCCUGUUCGAGAAUGUACCAGAGUACUUGGAAUGGUGAGUUUGUCCUUCUUGAUGUAAAAUCGAUUCAGUUCUACUAACAUGCCACACGUCAUGUUAUGGUGAUUUAGUGAGCUUUUGCCAUGUAUUAGAAUAGCAAAAUAGUGAUUUAACUUUCGAUAUGGCGUUGUGCGUGGAUGUGUCGAUUUGUUGACUGCAUGUUAAAUUCUCAGACCAAAUAGGAACAUCUUGUAUCCAUUCCACACGGCCAUCAAUUUAUCAAUGCUAUUUUUGUAAAGAAACAAAAUAUGUAUAUUGUAUGUUUUUCUUUUCUUUUUGCUUCUUGCUUUUAAAAUAGCAACAUGUGAUUUUAGCUCAGACGGCCUUGGAAAGAAUACGCUUCAACUGCUAUUAUGUUGUUUUAAAGCCAGAAUUACAUUCUAAUGAUACGAAUGAUCAGAGUACAAAUAGGCAGAAUAAUUAGAAUUGAAUUGAAUUGGAAAAGUUUUUAUGGCGAACAAGUAAAUAAUAAUAAAUAAAGCAAUAAUAAACAAUCAAAUAAAUGAAACAAGUGGACAGUUACAAUAAAGUAAUAUUUACACACAAUGAAAACCACAAAAGAAAAUAAACUGCUUUACCUGUUCGAAUGAUGCUACUGUAGAAAAGGUACGACCUAUCCAGAUACUGUAUAUACAUAGUGCGUAUGUAUAUUGUUCAAGGUGUAUAUUGGUUUGGUAUGGAUUUAUUUUUUACUGUCCCAUCGUUUGCAUCUUAUUAAAAAUCCAUCUACUGUAAAA